GUUCACCUUUGCUUUUAAUUCUUCCCAUUGACAUAACUAGCCUGAAGCACACAAUCAACCAGAUUUCAAACACAGAAAAAAAAAAGAAAAAAAUGGCAACACAAGCACUUGUGUCAUCUUCUUUGAUUAGUUCCUCAGUUGAAACUGGUAGACAAAUUUUAGGUGCUAGGCCUAUUCAAUCUUCAAGGAAGAAUAACUCCUUUGUUGUUCGAGCAUCGUCUUCGACUCCGCCGGUCAAGCAAGGAGCAAAUAGGCAGCUAUGGUUUGCUUCUAAGCAAAGUCUGACUUACUUGGAUGGCAGCCUACCAGGUGACUUUGGAUUUGACCCACUCGGCCUAUCAGACCCAGAAGGCACAGGAGGUUUCAUUGAGCCAAGAUGGUUAGCCUACGGUGAGAUCAUCAACGGAAGGUUCGCCAUGUUAGGAGCCGUAGGAGCCAUAGCACCCGAAAUACUCGGAAAAGCCGGUCUAAUUCCUGCAGAAACAGCACUCCCAUGGUUCCAAACCGGUGUAAUCCCGCCAGCAGGAACAUACACUUACUGGGCUGACCCGUUCACACUAUUUGUAUUUGAAUUGGCACUCAUGGGAUUUGCAGAGCACAGGAGGCUCCAAGACUGGUACAACCCAGGAUCCAUGGGCAAGCAAUAUUUCUUGGGUGCCGAGAAAUUUUUGGGCGGGUCAGGUAACCCGGCAUACCCGGGUGGCCCACUGUUCAACCCGUUAGGGUUCGGCAAAGAUGAGAAAUCAUUGAAUGACUUGAAGUUGAAAGAGGUGAAGAAUGGAAGAUUGGCUAUGUUGGCAGUUUUGGGUUAUUUUAUACAAGGUCUUGUGACUGGUGUUGGACCUUACCAAAAUCUGCUUGAUCACUUGGCUGAUCCUGUGAACAACAAUGUGUUGACUAGCCUCAAGUUCCAUUAGAAAAUGGUUCAAUUCUUUGUUUCUCAUCAUGCUCAUUGUAAUCAUCAUCCACUGAAAAUUCCCCAUCUUAUUGUAAUUUUAUGUAAGAAAGGAUAUUUUAAUAUUUA